UAAUCGCGAACAACUAUGAGAGAAAAAGACGAAAACGCGCGCGGGUUUCGCAACGGUGGCGAUCGCGUUUAUUUUUGGAACGAAAGCGUACGCGUCGCGAAUGCUCGUUAACUCGAACGGAGUUAACUCGAACGAAUCAUAGGAAAGGAAGUCGCUAUAAAGUUGGCUCGUAGUUCGGCCACCAGUUGCGAGUUUAGCGUUCGCGAGAACGGCUGAUCGAGCGCGAUGCCAUUGCUUUUCGUGUUUAAUUAAACUCGCGUCGAUUGAUAAAAACUGAUCGAUCGUAGUUGUUAGGGCAAUGUUUGGCCGGAGGUGACAAACUUCCCACGCGUACUUUAUUCGCAACGUUCUUUUAGCUACGAUUUCCACGAUCCUCGAGUCGAAACCGCGAUCGAAAGAGCGUCAGAAGUUUCGAGGGAAAUCGAAGGAAAGGGAUAAAAUCGUGCGCGAUGCGAGACGGAGGUAACACGCGCGAAAGUAGAAAUUUGCUUGCUCGUUUAAUCGAUGCACGAUCGACAAACGAGAAGUCGGAGGAACGGGCCAUAAACGAAACCGGAGUCGAAGAAUUGGAAGAAUUGCGGAACAAAUACGAAGGGAAGUUGACCACGUCCCUGUACACCGGUACUUUGUUCGUCGCUGUGGUCGCUUUGACUAUUGCCCUGGGAGUCGUCUGCGUGAGCAAUCUCGAGGAUCCGAGCAAGGCGAUAGUCCCUGGAUCGAAUCUGACAGCGAUGCUGAUCUGGUCAUUGGGCUCGCUGAUCGUAACGCGACUGCCGUCGACUUCGAGCUCGGCCACGAGCAGAUUUCUCGUAGGCUUCGCUUGUUCGGUCGUAUUGGGUGUCGGAGUUUUGAUCGGUCGUGGCUCGGUUCCGUUGUUCGUGAUCGUUCUCGCGAUCAUCGCUGUGUUACCGAGAGACGGCCGACGGACGCCCACGAUACUCGCGAUACUCCUGAUCGUCGUUCACUUGGCCGUAAACUUGUCGUUCGUCGAGCAUUCUGCGUCCCAUCAUCGGAUAUCACAGGCGUGCGGCGAGUCGGUGUUCUUGUUGGCGGCGGUUCUCGCAGGAUCGUACUACAGCGCGUUGACAGCGAAAGCGCACAGUCGUACGUUCUCCGGAACGAAAACGGUGAUCGAAUCCAGGAUCAAAUUGGAACGCGAAAGGGAGCAACAGGAACAACUGUUACUGAGCGUUAUUCCGGCGUAUAUCGCGGCCGAGGUGAAAAGAAGCAUCAUGCUGAAAAUGGCGGAUGCUUGUCAAGAAGCCAGCAAACACAAGCAGACGAGAUUUCACGAAAUGUACGUGCAACGGCACAACAACGUCAGCAUUCUGUACGCGGACAUCGUGAAUUUUACGCCGCUCUCGGAACAGCUGUCGGCUUCGGAUCUGGUGAAAACGUUGAACGAGUUGUUCGGAAGAUUCGACCAAAUUGCUCAGGAUAAUCAAUGCAUGAGAAUUAAGAUCCUGGGUGACUGUUACUACUGCGUGUCGGGAUUACCGAUAUCUCGUCCAAAUCACGCGUACAAUUGCGUCAACAUGGGGCUACAAAUGAUCGACGCGAUCAGGUUCGUCCGCGAAGCGACCGGCUUCAACGUGGACAUGAGAAUCGGAAUACACACCGGAAACGUUCUUUGCGGUGUACUCGGUUUACGUAAAUGGCAAUUCGACGUGUGGAGCGACGACGUGACGCUCGCGAAUCACAUGGAGAGCGGAGGUGUGCCCGGGAGGGUGCAUAUAACCAAAGCCACUCUGCUUCAACUCGGAAACCGUUUCCAAGUGGAACCCGGCGACGGGGGAUCUCGAGAGAGCUAUCUCGCUCUGCACAACGUCGAAACUUUCUUGAUAAUACCACCGGAGAAAACCAGCCGAGAGAACGUCGAGGACGAUAACGAUCAGCGUACGCACGGCCCUGCCUCGGUACCCUCGAGAUCGAGGCCGAGCAGUAAAAUGACCAAGUACGUCGAAUGUUGGGGCGCGGACAAGCCUUUCGCCAAUAUCGCGGAAGCUACGCUCGCGAAAAAUAUCGGUAUAACGAGCGUUGCCAUGAUCGAAUCGAGUCUGCUGGCAAACGAUAAUUUCGGUUGUUUCACCGACUUCAAAGGGUGGUGCGGCGGUGGUAGCGAGGGUAUGUCGUCUCUUACUUAUCGGUUCAACGACCGAAACAGAGAACUUCGAUACCAGGAACAGAUCGACGAACAGUAUCCUUGGUAUCUCCUCGCCUCGAGUACGAUCUACCUGAUGAUCUUUGCUAUUCAAAUUAUUCAUUUACCGAGGAGCGUCACGGUUUACGGUUGUUUCACGGCCGGUAUCUUGUGUUUUUUCGCGUGCUCCCUAGCGUCUUGGCCGAGCACAGGUAACUGUGCCCGUGCUCGUCGUUGUCGCGACGGUGGUCUUCGUCGAUUAGCUUCUAGCAGAAUUAUCGGAUCGACGGUGUAUUCGAUCACGGUGUUUUUGGCCACCGUUUCUUCCGUCGUUAGCCUGAUCGAUGUCGAUCAAGCGAAGGAACACGACGUCGCGUCGCUAUACGUGUAUUCGGCGGUGAUGUGCUUGGUCGUGGGUUGGACACAUUUACGCGUCGAUUUUCUCUUGAAACUUUGCGCGAUGUUUCUUUCCGUAACGACGGUCUUAGUCGCUAUCUCGCAAGCACCGGCCAUACGAGAGUACUAUACCAGCGAAGACCUCGGACCGUAUCGCGUCCACUAUCUCCUUCGAAUCGGAUAUCUGCUGGCGCUGGUCUCUAUGACGCUUCACGUGUUGGACAGGCAGGUAGAAUACACCUCGAGAACCGAUUUUCUCUGGCAAAGUAAACUGAAAAUAGAACAGGACGAAGUUGAAACGAUGAGAGGCAUUAACAAGAUCCUCCUCGAGAACAUACUGCCGGCUCACGUGGCGGAACAUUUCCUAACGAACGCUAGAGCGACACAGGAUCUUUAUCACGAAAGAUACGACAGUAUCGCCGUGAUGUUCGCGUCUAUUCCAAAUUACAAAGAAUUUUACGACGAAACGGACGUGAAUAAGCAAGGAUUGGAGUGCUUGAGACUUUUGAACGAGAUCAUAUGCGACUUUGAUAAGUUACUGCUGAAACCGAAGUUUUCCGGAAUCGAAAAGAUCAAGACUAUCGGCAGUACGUACAUGCUUGCCUCCGGUCUUAGUCCUGGGAAAGAAGAUACCGACAGAAAGGAUCCGGCGAAACAACAAGAUCACGAUAUCAUCGUUCUCGUCGAAUUUGCUCUCGCUCUGAUGACGAUUCUAGAUCAGAUCAACAAAGAAUCCUUUCAAAGAUUUAAACUGAGAAUAGGUAAGUUCCCGAAAGGCGAAAUAUCUAAACAGAGGGAGAAAGCCAAAAGUAUGUUGAAAUUAGAAGAAGAACAUCUCUUUGAUCAAGGUUUGAAUCACGGUCCCGUGAUAGCGGGCGUGGUUGGAGCACAGAAACCGCAGUACGACAUUUGGGGCAAUACCGUGAACGUAGCGUCGAGAAUGGACAGUUGCGGAGAAAUGGGAAAGCUUCAAGUUACCGAGGACACGGCGAAAAUUUUGAUCGCUGCUGGUUACGAAUUGACGUGUCGUGGACCUACUCACGUGAAAGGAAAAGGAACCUUAACUACGUACUACGUGAAAACUCCUUUCGACGACAAACAAGAAAAUUAUUCAUUUUAAUCAUUCAAAUUAAAGUAAAUAGUUUACCCGUAUAAUAAAUCAAAUAAAAGUAAAGAUAAAAA